CGAGUUGCAGUUAAACGCAACGACUGAAGAGAGUGGAGGAGAGGAGGAAGGAGGAGGAUGAUGGGAGCGAGUAUUACAGCGUAUAAGUGACCCAUAUCUUACAGUUAGACCCACAUAUUAUUAUCUAGGCUAGUUCUUGUACUCGAGGAUUUUUCUCCACCAAGAUGUCGGCGUCUGCGAUAUUUAUCCUCGAUCUGAAGGGAAAGGUGCUGAUCUGCCGCAACUACAUGGGCAACAUGGACAUGAAUGAGAUUGACCACUUCAUGCCCAUCCUGAUGAAGAGGGAAGAAGAGGCUGAGAUGACGCCGCUGGUCAGCCAUGGCUCUGCACACUUCAUGUGGAUCAAGCACAGCAACCUUUAUUUGGUCGCAAUGACCAAGAAGAAUGCCAAUGCUGCUCUGGUGUACUCCUUUCUUUAUAAAAUCAUCCAGGUAUUUAAGGAGUACUUUAAAGAACUCGAGGAGGAGAGCAUUCGUGACAACUUUGUGACGGUGUACGAGCUGAUGGACGAAGUGAUGGACUUCGGCUUCCCUCAGACAACUGACAGCAAGAUCCUACAAGAGUACAUCACCCAGCAGGGUCAUAAAUUGGAGGUCGGGGCACCUCGACCUCCUGCCACCGUCACCAACGCCGUGUCAUGGCGGUCAGAGGGCAUCAAGUACAGGAAGAACGAAGUUUUCAUGGACGUCAUUGAGUCAGUAAAUCUACUGGUGAGUGCCAAUGGCAGCGUCCUGCGCAGUGAAAUAGUGGGCAGCAUUAAGCUCAAAGUUGUCCUGUCGGGGAUGCCUGAGCUCAGACUGGGCCUCAACGACAAAGUGCUGUUUGAAAUCACAGGCAGAGAGAAGAGCAAGACAGUGGAGCUGGAGGAUGUGAAGUUCCAUCAGUGUGUCCGUCUGUCACGCUUUGAGAACGACCGCACCAUUUCUUUCAUCCCCCCUGACGGCGAGAGCGAGCUCAUGUCCUACCGCCUUAACACUACAGUGAAGCCUCUCAUAUGGAUUGAGAGCGUGAUUGAGAAGUUCUCUCACAGCCGUGUGGAGAUCAAGGUGAAGGCUCGGAGUCAGUUUAAGAGUCGGUCCACCGCCAACAACGUGUCCAUUAUGGUGCCAGUGCCCAGUGAUGCUGACUCACCCAAGUUCAAGACCAGCACGGGCAGCGCCAAGUGGGUGCCAGAGAAGAACGCGGUGCAGUGGAACAUCAAGUCUUUCCCUGGUGGUAAGGAGUACAUCAUGCGGGCACACUUUGGGCUGCCCAGCGUGGAGAGCGAUGAACUAGAGGCGAAGAGACCAAUCACAGUUAACUUUGAGAUUCCGUAUUUCACUGUGUCGGGAAUUCAGGUGCGUUACCUAAAGAUCAUAGAGAAGAGCGGUUACCAGGCAUUGCCAUGGGUGCGUUACAUCACACAAAGUGGAGAUUACCAGCUCCGGACAAACUAAAGGGCACAGAUGCUGCUAGACGAAUGGAUAUUUUCUCUCUCUGUCUGUCUUCCUCUCUCCUCGCCUCUCCUCUCCUCUCUCUGUUUCUCCGGCUCCCUGUCUGCAGUGGACAGCAGAGGACAAGUGCAGGAGGACACAUGAAAUUACUCCCCAUGCUGAGCGGAAAGAAGACAUCAUCCCUUCCUCUAUGACUAACUCAGCUCAGACGGGAAAGGCUGUUACAUCACCUCUGACCUGUGAUUCUAUGUUUUUUUUUUUUUUUAAGGUUCCUCAGGACUCCAAUAAAACGUUUUAAUAUGUGAAUAAUGAACUGAUAACUUUGUGACACUGUCUGGUUCUGGCAAGCUCUCAUUUCCUGACUUUUGAUGCAAUGUCCCUCGAGGUUAAUUUAGAAUUUGGGGAACAUAAUUUUGUAAUUUAGUUUUCCUCAAAUAGAUAAAACUCUCAAAUAUAGAACUGAAUGAAACCUUAUUUAUUUUGAGCUCUUGGUUUUCCCACUGAAAUGUGGCUUUCUACUGUGUAACAUGCAAACCAACACAUUAUGUAAUGCCAGUAUACAGUAACUGUGAUGGAUCAUUGUCACUUUCUAUUUCUCAAAGGGCCAUGAUGUUGCCAAUUGGUGAUUUUAUAUUUAAUCAAAAGUGUGCCAUGUACUCCAUCUGAUUUUUUUUUUUUUUCCUGUAAAGGUUACGUGUUACUUCAUCUAGCAUUUUAAUCACCACACCACAUCUGGGCACAUCUGUCAGCACCUGUAACUAUAAGGAUUUUUAUUCCUUUCAUGUUUUGUCCUUAAUAUCCGCUUUAUUACCCAUAUUCAUUGUUACUCAGUUAUUAAUCGUCAUCCCUUUUGCAUAUAUUUUCCCAGAACCUCUAUAUUAUAUGUUCAUUGCCUUAAAAAAUUGCCUAUGUGUCAUCACCUUUAGCACUGUGAACAUAAUCCCCAGUGCAUGGAAACUAACACCAGCGACCAAAUCAAUGAUUAAUAAGGCACAAUAUUGUCAGAGGCGUUGGCAGUGUAACAUAAUACUGUUGACACACUCCCAUGGGGCCUGUAACCUUGCCCUUGUGCUCAAAAAUCAGCUUGCAGCUUUGAGGCAGACUGAAGGAAUGAGCACAGCACAGACAUUUUUGUCAUAUUGUUAUCUGUUGUUUAUACUGUACUAGUUAGUCUCCUGUGGAAAAUGCUUUGAAUCGGUAAGGAAAGGUUUCAGGGAGGGGAGUUAGGACAAAGGUAAAAUAACCUGAAGGGAUUUCUUUCUUUGCAGAAUAUUGACAAUAUGUUGAGGUGAUCGUUUUUUCAUGACUCGUUAUUUUUUUAUAUGUCGACCUCCGCAGGCCUCUGUUCUUCUUCUAAGCAGUUUGUGGUGUAAUUCACUCCCUCUGUUGUGCAUGCAUUGCACCGCAUCAGUUCAGCUGCACUGCCAAAAGCACAGGAGAGGGUCCUGAGUCAUUUUAUUGCAUCGCUGCUGUUGAGAACAAAAACCUUCUGCUAUAAUCAAUCCUUUAUCUUGUGUGGGACAUACUGUAUUUCAGACACCAAUGAGGAUUUUUAAUAAGUGUGUGUGUUAUCAUGUGUUUUCAUUAAUUUAUCAACUACUGUUUGUCCAUAGGAAGCAAAGGGAUAUAUUUGGAAAUAAACAAUUUUUUGUA